AUGACGAGGCCGCGAGGCUCCUCGGCGGCGAGCGAGGACAGUACGGGGACCGCAGGCGAUCAAGAGCUCGGGAGCAUGUACGAUUACCUCGCCAAAAUUAUACUGCUGGGGCCCAGUGGGACAGGAAAAUCCUGCCUCCUCCACCGCUUCGUCAAGUCCGAGUGGCGCGUCCUCUCGUCCCAGACCAUCGGCGUCGAGUUCGCCUCCAAGAUCAUCAAAGUCGGCACGGGGGCCCGCCGGAAACGCAUCAAGCUGCAGCUGUGGGACACUGCGGGCACCGAGCGCUUCCGCUCCGUCUCGCGGUCCUACUACCGCGGCGCCGCCGGCGCGCUGCUCGUCUACGACCUCACCUCGCACGCCUCCUUCCGCUCCCUGCAGCCCUUCCUCAACGAUGCCAAUGCCCUGGCCAGCCCCAACUUGAGCACGAUAUUGGUCGGGAACAAGCUGGAUUUGAGCGGUGACCAGAACCUCAUCGACGUCCCGCCGGCCACCCCGAGCAGUGUCAGCUCCAGCAGCGCGCCUUACGGAACUAGUUUCCGGAGCGAAGGCGGCACGCCGGGCCUGGGGACACAACAGAGAGCCACGAUAGCACCAGAGGGGAGAGAGGUUACCAACGCGGAGGCGUCCAGAUGGGCGAGCAGGGUAUCCGUGCCGGUUGCGCUGGAGGUCUCUGCCUUCAGCGGGGAGGGCGUAGACGAGGUCUUUGCCCGGCUGGCGAGGAUGAUCCUGACCAAGAUCGAGCUGGGCGAAAUCGACCCCGACGAUCCGAUGAGCGGUAUCCAGUACGGAGACGGCGGCAUGUGGAACGCGGGCGCGAGCGACGGAGGCAGCAUCAAGAGCGGCAUGACGGUCGACGAUCUUGGUGCCGGCGGCAUCAGGAGACGCAAGAAGGGCAAGGGUCGGGGUACCGUGGCCCUGCGAGAGUGGGAAGAGGUCUUCUCGCUAGGCGGACGACGGAGAGGUUGCUGUUGA